AAUGUCGAGAGGAUCAAGCAGCGAAAAUGGCGGACCUGGAAGCAGUUUUAGCCGAUGUUUCCUACCUUAUGGCGAUGGAAAAAUCGAAAUCCACGCCAGCAGCAAGAGCCAGCAAGAAAAUAGUUCUCCCUGACCCAUCAGUUUACCAUGUAAUGCAUAAAUAUCUCAGCGAAAGGAACGAAGUAACUUUUGACAAAAUUUUCGACCAGAGAUUAGGUUAUCUACAGUUUAAGGAAUUUUGCCAAACGCAGUGCGACGAACCAGUGCCUCAAUUGUAUUUCUACGAAGAUAUAAAAGAAUAUGAAAAGUGUCAAUCCCAAGAAGAUAGACUCAAGCUGGCAAGGGAGAUUUUUGACAAGUACAUCAUGUGUGAACUACUUUCUUGCUCCCAUUCCUUCUCACACUCUGCUCUUAAACAUGUGCAAGAAUAUAUUACCAAAAAGGAACUGCCAUCAACACUAUUUGAGCCCUACAUGCUUGAAAUCAGAGACAGUCUCAGAGGCUCAAUUUUCCAGAAAUUUCUGAAAAGUGACAGAUGGGUGAGGUUUUGUCAGUGGAAGAACUUAGAGUUGAAUAUUAAUCUUACAAUGAAUGACUUCAGUGUACAUAGAAUUAUUGGGAGAGGUGGAUUUGGUGAAGUCUAUGGCUGCAGAAAAGCUGACACAGGAAAAAUGUAUGCUAUGAAAUGCUUAGACAAAAAGAGAAUUAAAUUAAAACAAGGAGAAACUUUAGCCUUAAAUGAACGAAUUAUGUUAUCAAUGGUAAACAGUCCCUUUAUUGUAUGCAUGACAUAUGCAUUCCAAACUCCUGACAAACUGUGUUUUGUAUUGGAUUUAAUGAAUGGUGGAGAUCUUCACUAUCAUCUGUCACAGCAUGGGGUGUUUGACGAAAAUGCUGUUAAAUUUUAUGCAUCUGAAAUCAUUCUUGGUCUACAACACAUGCACGAACGAAAGAUUUGUUAUAGAGAUUUAAAACCCGCUAACAUCUUACUGGAUGAACAUGGCCAUGUUCGGAUAUCAGACUUGGGUUUGGCUUGUGACUUUUCAAAAAAGAAACCACAUGCUAGUGUGGGUACACAUGGAUACAUGGCACCCGAAGUUCUAAAGAAAGGCGAAGCUUACGACUCCUGUGCUGAUUGGUUUUCACUUGGUUGUAUGCUCUUUAAGCUGCUUGUUGGACACAGYCCAUUCCGACAGCACAAAACAAAAGAUAAACACGAGAUCGAUCGACUUACUCUUACUUACGACGUUGAAUAUCCCGACUCGUUUUCAGAGGAAAUGAAAGAACUUCUCUCCGGGCUUCUUAAUCGAGAUGUAUCAAAUCGACUUGGAUGUAUGGGAAGAGGUGCUCACGAAGUCAGAGAACUGCCAUUCUUUUCUGAUAUAGACUGGAAACUUGUCGAAUAUACCAAGUACCCACCACCACUWAUCCCACCAAGGGGUGAAGUAAACGCAGCCGAUGCAUUCGACAUUGGUUCAUUCGAUGAAGACGACGUCAAAGGAAUUAAGAUGUCAGAUCAGGAUCAAGAAAUCUACAAAGACUUUAAUCUGGUUGUGUCAGAAAGAUGGCAAGCAGAAAUCGCAGAAACUGUUUUUGAGGUUGUCAAUCAAGAGCAUGACAAAAUUGAGGCAAAAAAGAAAACAAAACAUCAGAAUUCCAUUACAGGUAAAAUGGCUGAAGAUGGUGAUCGUCUGUUGGAAGGGUAUUUAUAUAAACUUGGUGGUCCAUUCAUGAACAGUUGGCAAAAGAGAUACUUUCACUUAUUUCCAAACAGACUAGAAUGGCGGGGAGAUCAAAUGACAUCACCGAGUCUUCUAUGCAUGGAAAACAUCACCGCUGUGGAAGAAACCAAYGUCAAAGGAUUCAAGUGUAUUAAAGUCAGUACACAUGUCAAAGAUAACAGAGAUCACUUGCUGCGAGCUGAGACUGAAACAGAAUUUCGGGAAUGGCUGAAGGAGAUCAAGCAGUCGUUUCAGCAGGCCCAAGUAAUGCUGCGUGCAGGCUUUAAAAUCAUAGGAACAGGUCACCGCUAUGUCACGCAAUACAGUAAAGAAGAGAAUGGUCCUGUCUCGCCGUGAUCGCUAGACUGUUAAUUAGCCUUGUGUAAAUACUAGGAAUGCGGCUGAAAMUGCAGUUUUCGUAUGAGUGGUGAGUCAUUGAAUUGCUGCAUCAGUGACUUGAUGCAUUAGCACACAUGGAAAUGUCGUGCGCUAGUCUUUUGUCACACACCUAUUGCGUGACUUACCCAAAUCAUCCAUUGAAGAAGCGAAAGAGAGUAGAGAUUAAAAUAUUGGUAGCAGCUCAGUUAAACCCAAUCAAAUCACGUGAUAACGUCUUACUUUAGCGGUAUCUAUGGUGAUGGGCUGCCUAAUUGUUUGUACUUGGAUGGCAUGCAUUUGAAAGGUCAUUUGUUGUAUACAGUGAAGAACGCUAYAAGAUGGGCGUUACUUCCAUCCAUAAACGAGACUAUGGUCGGCACAUUAGAGUAGUAUGCUGUAACUCGUCAACAUUAGGGGUGAWAGAAUUCAUAUUUUGCUCUCUAGAAAGUGGUUAGGAGGCCCUAUCUACACGCUUUGUACACGAUUAUUGUAAACGACUAUAAAUAUAUCUGUUAACAUCAUCGUUUUUAGAUCUGUUUUACUUACAGACUAAGCGUUCACAAACAUACCUUUUUCAAUAGAAGUAUUCAAGAAGAUCACUGUUGACAGAGCUUUGACUGGUUCCUGGCAGUAAUGGGCAUGCUCUUUAAGAGCUUAGUCGGCCACUCAAUUUGUUUGCGUGUAUAGUUUUAUAAAUGUUUGCGACUGCCCACAUGUUCACCUUAAAGGCGUUUUAGAAAAUAAUCGUUUACAAGCGUUAAGACAGGAAUACGAGAGAAGUCUAAACUGGUCUCCAGUCCCUUCUCWWWGAAGUAAUGGUUAUCACGUGAUUUGCUUCGCUGGGCUAAUUUUUACAUAAUACACAGGAUGCCCAAUGAAAGAAUCCUGAUGAAAAUACUGUACGUUGUAAUUGAUAAAGAAAGGGGUUCGUAUUGGCAUAGUUUACAGAAAUGGACAGAAACAGAUAGUGAAUUGAUUUUAAUUUUUCCGUGAUAUUUUAGAACAAUUUUGGCAGGAGUUUGAAAUACAUUCAUUUAUAACUCAAUUUCUAUUUAGUUUCUUGAGGGUUUUAGUUCAUUUUAUGAUGUCAAAUUUUAUCCAUGAAAAAUUAAGACUGGCGAUGGAAGUAGCUUCUCUGGCUGAGAUAAAGCAAAGUGUGCAAAAGAAUCAUUGUAUAAUAGAGAUUAGAAAUAGUGAUAAUAUCCCAUAAAUUAUAAUACACUGGCCAAACAGUACCAAGGGAACAGAGGGUGGGCAGAUUUAUAAAUCCUACAGAAUUAUCGAGAGAAAUCAUAUUUAGCAAAUUAAAAAAGAAACCUAGUUGAGAACUUAUCCAUACUAGUUCGUUUAUCAGCAGUUUUUGUUCUCUGUGAAAACGAUACGAAAGCGAAUUAGCGUGGUUAGGUAUAUAAUUAUUAAUUAUAUUAUAUGAUUGAUGUUAAUUGUUAUUAUAUUAACUAGUAUUCAUUCGUUCCCUUUGAAAAAAAUAGCCUAAGAAACAAGUCGAGUUGGUUCAAAGCCGUGGCUGUAAAUAUAACCGCAAUUCCGAUUUCGACUGUUUCUCAAACAUUAACUUUCUAGUCCAAGAGUCAAUAAUCUUUAGACAUUUAUGAAAAAUUGCCACGAAAGUUUUAUAUUAACCAUCAUCCAAAAAAUCGGAAACGCAAUACUGUAAUACCCCACAAGGCAUUGUGGGAACUAGUGAAUCACCGCCAUAUUAUUUGGUUUCCUUUUUUCGAGUAGCAUCAACGGUCUGUAUAACGCCUUAGAUGCGUGAUAGCUGCCUCAAGAAGAUUGAGAGUAACGAGCAGAUUUGUAUUAGUCGAGGCAGCCAUCUUGGAUCUAGCUUUUAUAACCGCUAUUGUGCAUACAGUUCUCGAGUCAUGUGAUCAGAAGUAACCUGUAAUCAAUUAAUUUUAAAGCUAAUCUGGCAUAGAAGUGUUAAUUGAACAGUGUUCAAAGCUUUGAGGGAGGAGUACCUCGAUAUUCAUGUCCAGUGAUGUUCAUGCUGGAGAGUGAGUGWUGUUCAUGCUGGAGAGUGAAGRGGGYGRAUAUAAAAGGGGGUUGGAGAAGAAAAAUAUAAUAUCGAGAUCCUCCUUCCUCGGUUAUUCUCAGUAUGUUCAUCUGUGUGGCUUUUUGCAUGGAAUUAUUCCUUCGCUAGUCUACGUUAUUUUAAAUAGAUCAAUAGAUAUUUUAACUCAAAUUACAGACCGAUAUUUUUUAGUUCUUUAUUGUACAAAAGCUCCAUUUAUCAUUGGUGAGGUGUAUUAUAGUAUGAAUUGAACAAUGAAAUCUGUGACGACCAUCGUGGAAGGUACAGAGAGCGAAAGUGCAAGAAUGCCUACCGCCGACUGAAAGCCAGUUCAYACAAUUUCUAUCAUAAAAUUGCAAGCUUUAUUUCAUCAAUAACAGAAAACUGCAAUGAGAGUUUCCCAUUGAAAAAGAUUUGAACUUGAAACAACUUUCUUUACCUUCAAAGGUGGCCGUCGCUUUGUACAUUGAUGUAUUGAAUGAAAUGUUUUCCAGUAAAUUGCAUGUCAUUCAAUGAACUACGAAGAAUAAUCUUCUCUGAGAAUUAGGCCAACAUGAUGCUUGUGAUGGCUGCUAUUUAGUAUUUUAAAGUAAAUAAAAUAUUAUGACAUAAUAUCAAGUAAGAGUUUGCUAAUUCUUUUAGGUAUAGACAGGAAUGGGUCUAACGUUCUAAAUGCCAAUUCACUCAGAGAAAUAAAUAUUGGUAUGUGGAAAUGUG